AUGAGCAGUAUAAUCAAUAAAGUUGAAGAGAAAACUGGUAUGGAUUUAAAUAACGAUAAUCAUAUUGGAAACAGUGGUAAUACUGGCCAUGCCGGUGCUGGACAUCCAGCUACAGGCGGUGCAGGUAUUGUUAAUAAGGCCGAACAAGUUACACAUAUGGAUCUGAAUGGAGAUGGACGCGUUGGUGGUGGAGCUCCUCAACACAAACAUUAA